AUGGCUUCAAGCUCAUCGUUUCCAUCAACCGCGAAAGAGGAGCGAAGUCAGGGAUCGGAACAGCAACAGGGACAGCGCUUGACCGUUGACGAGCCGCAACUGGAGCUCACCUCAGACGCCACUUCCCAACUGCUUCAUCCUCACCUUGCUCCUGAAGACGGGGAGACCUCGCUAUCGGCAGACGUCAACACACUCACCAACGAUCUCGAUUCGAAAGAGACAUCAUUAGACAACAUCGACCCUGCAGUCGAACCUAAUCUCACGAUGCCCAAGCACGGCGACCUCAUCCCAAACAAGCGCAUCAUCGACUCCAAGACUAGCCGCUACUUCUACCAGACACCUUUCCGCCACUGGGAUUCUCCGUUCAGCAGCGAUGUCACCAAGACUCCCCCUUUAGGCAAGCCUGCGUUCGGCAACAAGGCACCUGUUCCAUGCACAGCAGGCGAGCAGCAACCUCAAGCUUCUCCCGGCAAAUUCGACGAACUCAAGCGCCUGCACGAGGAGAACUCGCGGCUGCGCAAAGAGAGUGUCGCCAUCAUCAAACAAGCCGACCACAACCGGAAAGUCCUGCUUGCUGAGAACAACCGUUUGCGUACCGCUCCCACCGACCGCCUUCACGAUGACCGUCAAGCAAAGCCCGAGGCCGAACUCGACAGACACAACAAGGAGCUGAGCCACGAGCUACAAGCCAAAGAAACGAACCACUCGACCGCCGACAUCAAGGAGAUCCAGCGCCUCGAAGACUUGCUCGUGCAAGAGCGCAACAGCCACGACCUCUUCCGCAGCAUCCAACAGAGCCUGCACGACCAAGCCCAGGACGACCUCACACAGACACAACAAGAGCUCGCCCUUACCCAAGCCGCCCUGUACAAAGCCCACGAGAAGAUGAAAGCCGACCGCAAGUCUCACCAAGAAGGCCUCGCCGCCCAAAAAGCCGUGACCCGUGGCCUCGACCGGGCCCUCGCCGCGCGCGACACGUCCCUCGCCUCCAAAACCGCACAGAUCCGCGCCAAAGACGAGCGGCUCGAGGCGCUGAAGCUCGAUCUGCAGCUGCUGCGCGGGGACAACGUCAAGUACCUGGCGGCGCUGACGCGCAGUCUGGACGAGAACCGCAAUUCGCGCCGCACGCUGGCGAACCGCAGCCUGGCCAUCUUUGCGUUGGAGACGCGGGUCUUGGAGCUGAAUACGAAGUUGCGGCGGGAGAGGGAGGCCGGUGCGAGGGGGGUUUGGGGUCGUGAGGAAAAUCAUCGCUGGUCGUCGAGGCCGACGCCACCAGCAGCAGCAGCAGCAGCAGCAGCAGCAGCAGCAGCCACCGGGGUUGGAAGUGACACUCCCGUCUUCGACCAGGGUCAGGGCAACUGCAACAUCUGCCUCGAGCCCUACGUCGAGCACGCCCACGCCACCGCCACCACCCGAGGCCAGCAGCGCGCCGUCCUCCCCUGCGGCCACGUCUUCCACGUCGCCUGCGUGCAGACCUGGCACGCGCGCAGCUUCAACUGCCCGUACUGCCGGCAGGAGUUUGUCUGGCAGUUGGCGAAGCAAGACAAUGAUGCCACUGCCACGCAAAAUGCGACCGCGGUGCCCACACUCCAAGACGGCGGCAGUGUCAAUGACGAUGGCAGUGGCACAGGCACAGGCACUGGCACUGGCAAUGGCAAUGGUGGCAGUGGAAGGCCAACGCACCGCGUCCUCCGCCUCCCCUCCCUCUCCGUGAUACGCAACCUCCCUGACUUUGCUGAGGGGCUUGAGGAGAACGAAGGCGAAACCGCAGCCGCAGAAGCAGAAGCAGGCAGAGGCGCAGACUCAGGCGUGGGUGCAGAAGGAAACGAUGACACAGCUGAGGAAUCACUAUCACUGCCCUCCGCCGGCGAUGAGGACACGGCCCUACCGCAGCCACGCAGCCUGGACGGCACGCAUGAUGAGCUGCUCGCAGUGCUGCGUGAACCGUUCCCCCCUGCUGGUACCGCGGCAGCGGCUGUGGCAGAAACAGGUUCAGAGCGGCCUCGUGCUUUUGGGCUUGGCGGGCUUAGUGGAUUCGGGUUUGGAGACCGGGUUAGGGGCUGGUUAGGAGGACGUGAGUGA